GGCACGGGUGGCAUUCGUGAAAGAAGAUGCUGAUGAAGACGGCGCGUCGGCCACCAUCCCCAUGGGCCACUCAUGACGACCACCCUCUUCGUCCACGCGCCCACUCAGUCAGGGGGUGGCGGCGGUGGACGCUUUGACUUUGACGACGGGGGCACCUUCGGUGGAGGGUGGGAAGAUGGCAAGGCCCACGGACACGGUGUGUGCACGGGCCCAAAGGGACAGGGUGAGUACAGUGGAUCUUGGUCCCAAGGAUUCGAAGUGUGUGGUGUGUAUACGUGGCCAACAGGUAGCUCUUAUGAAGGACAGUGGUCAAAUGGUAAAAGACAUGGACUUGGAUUAGAAACAAGGGGCCGUUGGAUAUAUAGGGGAGAGUGGACCGAUGGAUUCAAGGGUCGGUAUGGUGUGAGGCAGUGCAUUUCGUCUGGUGCCAAGUACGAUGGCACGUGGGCCAAUGGACUGCAGGAUGGUUAUGGAUCUGAGACAUACGCAGACGGGGGUAAGUGUUUUCCUCGUUUUUACUUUUUUGUUUGCAUACACAGAGUCAAAAUGUUGAUUCUCAACCUAAGCGCUGAUGGAAUAGUCUAAAUAUUGAUUCUCAACAUAAGUGCUGAUGGAAUAGUCUAAAUAUUGAUUCUCAACAUAAGCGCUGAUGGAAUAGUCUAAAUAUUGAUUCUCAACAUAAGAGCUGAUGGAAACUACGGUAUAGAUUUCUUAAAAGUCAACAGGUCAUCAAUAAUGUGGACAAUAAAAUGUCACAUUUCCGCAAUAUUGUGUAAUUUCAUUAGCAAUACUUUAUUACAAGAGAGGUCGGCAAAAAUUAUGUUUUUUU